AUGGCGAGGCCUCGCGAUGAGCGAGGCAGCAGCACACGAUACCGCGACGGCGGCGACUAUAUGGACGACCGGGAGCGGCGACAUCGCCACACCAGCAGCCGACACAAGGAACGCGGAUACGACGAUGAGCCCUCGGCCGCCACACGAGAACGACGGGAGCGCAGACGGGCAGAAGAGGCACGGCGGGAGGCAGACAUGGACAUUAAUGAGCUGCGUGCGCGUAGAGAGUCGUACUACACUUCACGGCCAGAGUCGCGGCGGGAGCGAGAGCGAGAGCGAGAGUCGAGCAAGCGAGAGCCCGUCAAGGAGAAGUCGCGGAGUAGCAAGGAGAAGGAGGUGCGACGGGACAGCUCGAAACGCACAAAGAAGAGGGACAUUGUUGCUGAUGACCGGGAUGAUUUUGUCUACGGGAAAUCAAAGUCUAGAGGCCGCGUUGCUGAGGAGGUCCCUGUGAGACGGCCGUCAACCCGCAAGCGCAGUGAGGAGGGCGGGUCAUCGAGCAGGACUGCUUAUACUCCGCUGUCAGGUUCUGGAUCGGCUUCUGUCCGCAGGGUCGAAAUUCCGCCAGUGACCAGGACUACAUCGAUACGCGAGACACGCGAGGCACGUGAGACCAGAGAACCAAGAGAAUCAUCAAAAGCACAUGCGUCGGCCAGACCGUCUGUGCGACGCACAGGCACUAUCAAGUCGCCUGCUCAACCACCACCACCUCUUACCAGGACUCAGUCUGUCAAGGAAGCUGCCCGUCGUAGUACCGGGGGCAUACUGUCAAGUUUCUUCAAGCCGUCGAUAUCACGCGCACCGUCUGCUGGAACUCACAAGGAGGAGAGGAGAGUUGACUGUCUAGUAUGCAUGAAUGAUGACCUCCCUCUCAACAAAACGGUCAAGCUUGCAUGUGGACACCGCAUGUGCUACUCAUGUCUUAAGCGUCAAUUCUCCCUCUCAGUCAAGGACCCGGCUCACAUGCCACCACGAUGCUGCACUUCAGAACACAUCCCCCUCAAGUACGCGGACCGCCUCUUCGAUGACAAGUUCAAGACACUUUGGAACAAAAAGUUCCAAGAGUACACCACGGCCAACCGCCUAUACUGUCCCUCUAAAGGAUGCGGCCAAUGGGUCAAGCCAUCAAAGAUCAAAAUGGAUCCCACCUACGGCCGAAAUAAAUUCCACACCAAGCGGGAAUGUCCAAAGGAUGAGGAGACCAACCGCGUCGUCGAGAUGGCCAAGGAACAGGGUUGGCAGCGAUGCUACAGCUGCAAGGCUGUGGUUGAGCUCAAGGAGGGUUGCAAUCACAUGACCUGCCGCUGUACUGCUCAAUUUUGCAUGGUCUGCGCAGCGCCCUGGAAGACAUGCAGCUGCCCCUGGUUCAACUACGAACAUAUUCCCGACGACGAUCGAUUGAACGAUAUGCGCGUACCCCAACCCCGAUACCCCGAUAUUGAAGUCAUCGAAAUUGCCGAGGAACCCCCUCUGGCUCGCCGCCCAAGCACCCGAGCCCGCGAACGUGUCGAGCGGGACCGCGAAUUCGAUCGCGGUGAACGAGUCAUGUCUGCACACCUUCGUGAUUCUCUCCACGUUCGCAACCCUACUCCAGCAAUUUCCGAAUCGCGCCGGACAGAGCCCGAUAUCCGCCUCUACGCCCUAGGCAAUGCCGGUGGCCACCACAUGAAUGAUUCGUACGCUAUCCGCUCUAUGCCUACCUCGGCCGCCCGCACCGCCGCCCGUAUAUCCACUCCCCGUACAUCAACCCCCCGUACCUCGACCCCUAGAGCUUCGUUUUUUAGCAGCAGCAGUAGCCGCCGCGUUACCGCACCCGUUGCCGCCCCUGUUCCCAUGCGUUCUGCCCCUGUUGCUGCCCCUGUUCCUAUGCGUUCUGCCCCUUCGCCAGUGGUCACCUCUUCGACCAUGGCCGGACUCUCAAAAGAUGGAAGAAAAGUCGGUGCAAACCGAGUUGGGACAUGGCUGAGCCAUGUCCAGAUCGACCCCGAAGCCACCACUACUGCGGCUAGGGAUGUCGAAGUCGAUGACUGGAGGUGCGAUGGCACCAUGAUUGGCAUUGACUAA